UAUGGCUCGUCAACUUCACUUCGCACAAAUACCGCUAAACACAUCACAAGCAGGCAUGAUUGGAAUGGCUCUUCUCUUGUGUGCCUUUGCAUUGUUUAUGUGUGCUUCACAUUCGCGUAAAUGGCGACGCUGGAGCUCUUGUUAUGGUUCUUCCAACCAUGAUCCUGUCAUCCAACUCAAUACUGAAGCUAUGACGCUAAGCACCGGAGUUCAUGCUAUUCAUGGUGGCAGUAACAAUGAACUCAUGUUUUGUGGUGAACAGCAACAGCAAGGAGUUGCAGUUUGGCAGAAGAACAUACUCAUGGGCGGGAAGUGCCAGCUACCAGACUUUUCAGGUGUCAUCAUUUAUGACUCUGAUGGAAAUAUUAUUACCCCUGCAAAAAAUCCCCAUCCCUUGCUCACCUGGAAGUGAUCAACAAUGCCAAUGCUGUAAUAU